AUGGACGGGGAUUGGGUGCACCCAGGGAAGGCCUUGAUCUGGGCUGUUGGGUUGCUUGCAGCCACCACCAAGGGGCUCUCUGCUGAAGUGCCACAAAGAAACACCAGCCUGGGAUGGGUCCAGGGGAAGCAAGUCACUGUGCUGGGAAGCCCUGUGCCUGUGAACGUGUUCCUUGGGGUCCCCUAUGCUGACCCCCCUCUGGGGCCCCUGCGAUUUGCGGAUCCACAGCCUGCAUCACCCUGGGAUGAUUUGAGAGAAGCCACCUCCUACCCUAACUUGUGCUUCCAGAACUUAGACUGGCUGUUAUCAGAUCAACACUUGCUCAGGGUGCAUUACCCCAAAUUCGGAACAUCGGAAGACUGCCUGUACCUUAACAUCUACGCGCCGGCCCACGCUGAUAUGGGCUCCCAGCUCUCAGUCAUGGUGUGGUUCCCGGGGGGCGCCUUUGAGAUGGGCUCAGCCUCCGUCUUUGAUGGGUCCGCCCUGGCUGCCUAUGAAGACGUGCUGGUUGUGACCACCCAGUACCGGCUGGGAAUAUUUGGCUUCUUCAGCACGCAAGAUCAGCAUGCUCCAGGGAACUGGGCCUUGAAGGACCAGGUGGCUGCCCUAUCCUGGAUCCAGGAGAACAUCCAGUUCUUCGGUGGGGACCCCGGCUCUGUGACUAUCUUUGGCGAGUCAGCAGGAGCCAUCAGUGUCUCUGGCCUGAUUCUAUCUCCCAUGGCCAAUGGCUUAUUCCACAGAGCCAUUAUGCAGAGUGGGGUGGCUAUCAUUCCUUACCUGAAGGCCUCUGAUGACAAGAGGAGUAAGGACUUGCAGAUGGUUGCACGUGUCUGUGGUUGCAAUGAGUCAGACUCCGUGGCCCUGUUGACGUGUCUGAGGGCAAAAUCCUCCAAGGAGUUGCUGGCUCUUGGCCAGAAAGCGUCUUUCACGCGAGUGAUUGAUGGGCUUUUCUUCCCGGAUGAGCCGCUAGAAUUAUUGUCUCUACAAGCAUAUGCAGCAACUCCGUCUAUCAUCGGCAUCAAUAACCAGGAGUGUGGCUAUGUUCUGCCCUUGAAGGAGAUACCUGAGGUCCUCGCUGGCUCCAACAAGUCUGUAGCCCUCCGCCUGAUCCACUCCAUCCUGAAUGUCCCCUUACAAUAUUUGCACACUGUGGCUUAUGAAUACUUCAGUGACAUGCAGUCCCUGGAUGAAAUCCGAGAUAGUCUUCUGGACUUGUUUGGAGAUGUGUUCUUUGUAGUCCCUGGGGUGGUCACAGCUCGCUAUCACAGAGAUACUGGUGUACCUGUCUACUUCUAUGAGUUUCAACACCGGCCCCAGUGCUUUGAAAACACGAAACCAGCUUUUGUUAAAGCCGAUCACGGCGAUGAAAUCCGCUUUGUGUUUGGAGGUGCCUUCCUGAAGGGUGACAUUGUCAUGUUUGAAGGAGCCACAGAAGAGGAGAAAGUGCUGAGCAGGAGGCUGAUGAAAUACUGGGCUAACUUUGCACGGACUGGGAAUCCGAAUGGGGACGGCCUGCCUCUGUGGCCGGCCUAUGAUCUGACCGAGACGUACCUGAAGCUGGAUGUGAACAUGAGCCUGGGACAGAGACUGAAAGACAACAGAGUGAAGUUCUGGACCGACACCGUCCCCCUGAUCAUGUCCACUUCCCACACUCUGCUCCGGCCCCCCGCCUCCCUGAGCUUCCUGUCUCUGCUGCUGCCCCUCUUUGCCUCUUUUGCUCCCUGA